UGUUACAUCAACAACUUUUGUGUUCGAUCUUUGAAGCGGAUGCAUGUUGCACCUGAGAUGGCGGGUGGACUGCAGGACUCCAACGAGAACGUUACCGCUUGAGCCCAAUCGGUCCAGAAGGGCGAUCUCUGGCACGCGUUCCAUGGGUACCAUGGGCCGAUCUACUUGUGCUGGCGCUACUUCUGGAGCGGCUUAUGGGGCCUUUCGCGCCGUCAGCUGGAAAAGGAAAAACAGGAGGAAAGUAGCAAGAGGAUUUUUUCGGCGAAAAGCCCGCGAGACACAGCGUUCCAAGUCGGAGGUGCCGUUGUCACGCUUUCCCUUGGUUUCACUGGGGCAACUCCAGAAGACCCCAUUCGACUUCCUGGAUGACGCAAAUCGAUUGGAUCCCUACGCCACACUUCAGAUUCCAGUUUUUUCAGGGAAGCGGCAGAUUCGCAAGGCUUAUGCAAAGCUCUGCAAGCAACAUCAUCCAGACCUACACCGAGGGCGAGAAUCCAUGGAAUGGAUGCUAAUCCAGAGGGCAUACCGCAUUUUGACGGAUUCAGAGGAGCGGGUCUACUACGAUGCGGCUCGGAUGACCCGGAAUGCUUUGAGUGCCACAGAGGGCUUUGCAGCUUUUGCAUUUUCUGCAGCACAGCAGAUGGGCUCUGUGUUGGCAGAUGCAACAGAGGCGGCUGCCUCCGCUGCCGUGCGGCUUGCAGGCUUUGGUCGCUUCCUGGCAAAGGAAUCUCAGGCUUGGGCCGAACGAGGCCUUGAAAGCCUGGAGUUUCAGGAGGCAUCCGCCGAGGCCGAUGAACUUCGCUCCAAGCGGGCCGACACCUUGAAAAGAAUCCGGCAGCUGAAGCAGGCCCGGAAGGACUUGGAAGCUGCAGCUGCCUUAAGACAAGCUGCCUCCCGGAAGCUGCCUUGAGCUUCAAAAAGGGCCUUGAG